AGCCGCAGCCAUGGCAACAUGUGGCAGCAGGAAAGAGACGGAACUUGCUUUUUUAGCACACAAAUAACUUCACGAAACGAACCUCCUCUGUUUACCCUAAAUGUCACAUUGUCCGUGUUCUUUGUCGUUUUAACGAACCCGGGGCAGUUUGUGUCGGUGACAUUGGCGAGGCACAGCUAGCACGUUUGGCCGUCGGCAUAAAAGUAAAUGUUUAGUUUGGCGGCCAUGUUUGUUAUGAAGCGUUUGACUGUGUUCAAACUUGACUGCAUCGAUUAAGUGACUCCCAGUCAUGUCCGGGGGGAAGCAGCCGGUGGACGGCCUGCUCCUCGGCGACCGCAACCGUUCUUACGGUAGCCUGGUCCGGUCCAAUUUGAGCCCGGUUGGCAGCAGACUUGUAGAACAUCACAUCCAGCCCGGAGAAACCCUCCAAGGUCUAGCCCUGAAAUAUGGAGUCACUAUGGAACAAAUUCAAAGAGCCAACAGACUGUACACUAACGACUCCAUCUUCCUGAAGAAGUCCUUGUCCAUCCCUGUCCUCUCAGACGUGGAAGGCCACACUUCUGAUGAAGGUAAACCUUUGAGUGAGGAGGACUCGCGAGAGGCGACGGGACGGAAUUGUCCUGAAAACAGCCUUAUAGCGAGCCCCUCCGCCCGAGGGAAGAUGGCAGAGAUCACAACCAGGGAUUUUUUGACACAACUUGACGGCUUCAUCAGCGAGUCCAAGCAGGCCGCAGUUAGAGGGUGGAAGGAUGCAGAGAAAAGGGUUGCCGACCUGGAGGCAGUUUGUGUCAGCAGGGCAAGCGGGCGGCAGUCGCCUUCAGGACGGCGCCAUCAGUCAGUGCACGUGACGGUGCCGCUCACCACCACCAAGCUCACUAUGAAGCUGAGAGAACAAGAAGACGAGAUCUUUGAGUUGUGACCACUUCUUCCUCGCUAAACACUGCUGUCCUCGUUCUGCUGCAUGUGUGUGAAAGGUCCAGGAUGGUUUAAAGCACUUUCUUCUUUUUAAAUCUUUAUUUAUUAGCAGAGAUGGACACUGCGGUCAAAUGGCUGGUCAUGUGCUGACUGUCACCUGAUGGUCAUGAGACAUGCCUGGAACUGCCACACACUCCCAACAUGCAACAAUAGUCAGCACUGUUCCUAACUUAUUCACUCUAGUAGUUUGUCACACCACAAUGUAUUGAUUUAGUACUAAUAUAUGCAGUAUACAAAAGGUUGUGUCGUUGUAUCAGUGUAACUUUUGUAAAGUUAAUUAACUUAUGAACUGCACUUUUUAAAAUUUUGUCUAUCAUUCACAAUUCUUAUGUGGGACAAGAACACGUUUUUCGUCAUUUAAUGCAUUCUAAAUCGUGAACAAACAUUAGCAAAAGUCAGCUAACAAUGGAGCUCAUGAGAUUAGUUCUGUUCCGCCAAUAAAGCGAUCUAAAACCAUCCAAAAACCUCCGUUUUACAAAACCCAAAACCAGUGAAGUUGGCACGUUGUGUAAAUCACAAAUAAAAACAGAAUACAAUUAAUUGCAAAUCCUUUUCAACCUACCGUAUUUUCCGCACUAUAAGCCGCACCGGGUUAUAAGCCGCACCUUCAAUGAAUGGCAUAUUUCAAAACUUUGUUCACCUUUAAGCCGCACCGGGUUAUAAGCCGCACCUACGCUGCGCUAAAGGGAAUGUCAAAAAAACAGUCCGAUAGGUCAGUCAAACUUUAAUAAUAUAUUACAAACCAGCGUUCUAACAACUCUGUUCACUCCCAAAAUGUAAUGUGCAAAUGUGCAAUCACAAAAAUAGUAACACUCAAAAUAGUGCAGAGCAAUAGCAACAUCAAUAACUCAACGUUGCUCGAACGUUAAUGUUAAACAACACACAAAAUAAACAUUUAAAGCUCACUUUCUGAAGUUAUUCCUCAUCCAUAAAUCCCUCGAAUUCUUCUCCUUCGGUGUCUGAAUUAAAAAGUUGGGUUGAAUUCUGCGUUGUACGCGUGUCUCUUAGUAGGAGCCAUUUUGUGGUCUUUACAGAAACACACAAAUGAAAUGAAACGUAAUAUCCGCGCGCUUCUUCUAUGGGGGCGGGUGCUUACCUUGGCGGUUGCUUACCGUAGAAGAAGAAGCGCUUCCUCUUCUACGGGGGCGGGUGUUUACCUUGGCGAUUGCUUAUCGUAGAAGAAGAAGCGCUUCCUCUUCUACGGGGAAAAAAGAUGGCGGCUGUUUACCGUAGUUGCGAGACCUAAACUUUAUGAAAAUGAAUAUUAAUCCAUAUAUAAGGCGCACCGGGUUAUAAGCCGCACUGUCAGCUUUUGAGAAAAUUUGUGGUUUUUAGGUGCGGCUUAUAGUGCGGAAAAUACGGUAUAUUCAAUUGAAUAUACUGCAAAGACAAGAUAUUUAAUGUUUGUUAUUUUUUGCAAAUAUUAGGUCAUUUGGAAUUUGAGGCCUUCAAAAUGUUUCAAAAAAGCUGGAACAAGUGGCAAAAAAGACUGAAAAAGUUGAGGAAUGCUCAUCAAACACUUAUUUGGAACAUCCCACAGGUUCACAUGCUAAUUUGGAUCUGAUGGGUGCCAUGAUUGGGUAUAAAAGCAGCUUCCAUGAAAUGCUCAGUCAUUCACAAACAAGGAUGGGGCGAGGGUCACCACUUUGUGAACAAAUGCGUGAGCAAAUUGUUGAAGAACAACAUUUCUCAACCAGCUAUUGCAAGGAAUUUAGAGAUUUCACCAUCUACGGUCCGUAAUAUCAUCAAAAGGUUCAGAGAAUCUGGAGAAAUCACUGCACGUAAGCAGCAAGGCUGAAAACCAACAUUGAAUGCCCGUGACCUUCGAUCCCUCAGGUGGUACUGCAUCAAAAACCGACAUCAGUGUGUAAAGGAUAUCACCACAUGGGCUCAGAAACACUUAAGAAAACCACUGUCAAUUACUACAGUUUGUCGCUACAUCUGUAAAUGCAAGUUAAAACUCUACUAUGCAAAGCGAAAGCCAUUCAUCAACAACACCCAGAAACGCCGGCGGCUUUGCUGGGCCCGAGCUCAUCUAAGAUGGACUGAUGCAAAGUGGAAAAGUGUUCUGUGGUCUGACGAGUCCACAUUUCAAAUUGUUUUUGGAUACUGUCGACGUCGUGUCCUGCGGAACAAAGAGGAAAAGAACCAUCCGGACUGUUAUAGACGCAAAGUUCAAAAGCCAGCAUCUGUGAUGGCAUGGGGGUGUAUUAGUGCCCAAGGCAUGGGUAAUUUACACAUCUGUGAAGGCACCAUUGAUGCUGAAAGGUACAUACAGGUUUUGGAGUAACAUAUGUUGCCAUCCAAGCAACGUUAUCAUGGACGCCCCUGCUUAUUUCAGCAAGACAGUGCCAAGCCAUGAGUUACAACAGCGUGGCUUCAUAGUAAAAAAGUGCGGGUACUAGACUGGCCUGCCUGUAGUCCAGACCUGUCUCCCAUUGAAAAUGUGUGGCGCAUUAUGAAGCCUAAAAUACCACAACGGAGACCCCGGACUGUUGAACAACUUAAGCUGUACAUCAAGCAAGAAUGGGAAAUAAUUCCACCUGAAAAGCUUUAAAAAUAGGUCUCCUCAGUUCCCAAACGUUUACUGAGUGUUGUUAAAAGGAAAGGCCAUGUAACACAGUGGUAAAAAUGCCCCUGUGCCAACAUUUUUGCAAUGUGUUGCUGCCAUUAAAUUCUUAAGUUAAUGAUUAUUUACAAAAAAAAAAUUGAGUUUCUCAGUUCGAACAUUAAAUAUCUUGUCUUUGCAGUCUAUUCAAUUGAAUAUAAGUUGAAGAGGAUUUGAGUUUGAGUUUAUUUCGAACAUGCAAGCAUACAACAUGAUACAUCACAAUCUCCAGUUUCUCUUUUCAACAUGUUCGAAAAGGAGUAGGAAGAAGCAGAGCUUAUUUAAUCCUACCCCUUUUCUUUUACAUAACAGUUGCUAAAACUUUUGUUCACUUCCUGUUCUCAAUUUAUUCACAAUAUACUCCAUAAGUAAUCACAAUAAAAUAAGUAAAUAAAUAAUAAUUGGUGAAGUAAGUUACAUUUCAUAUGUUGAGAUAAGUAAGAUUAUUUUGUGAGUGAAAGAAUGAAAGACUGGAUGAGUUAAAUAAAUUCAGAAUGUUUAUCAUGGUUCUUCUUCUUUGUACUUUGUAAACACUUUAAGUUUGAAGAGUUUCUUGAAGUGAAUCAUAUUAGUACAUUGUUUGAUUGCUUUGCUUAAUCCAUUCCAUAAUUUAAUUCCACAUACUGAUAUACUGAAGGUCUUAAGUGUUGUACGUGCAUACAAUUGUUUUAAAUUACAUUUCUCCCUAAGAUUAUAUUUCUCCUCUUUUUUUUGAGAAGAAUUGUUGUAUAUUCUUGGAUAGCAGGUUAUAGUUUGCUUUGUGUAUAAUUUUAGCUGUUUGCAAAUUCACUAUGUCGUAGAAUUUCAGUAUCUUUGAUUCAAUAAAUAAAGGAUUUGUGUGUUCUCUAUAUCCAACAUUAUGUAUUAUUCUAACUGAUCUUUUUUGUAACACCGUUAAUGAAUGAAGUGUACUUUUGUAAUUAUUUCCCCAUAUUUCUACACAGUAACUCAGAUAUGGUAACACUAGUGAGCAGUAGAGAAUAUGAAGUGAUUUUUUGUCUAGAACAUGUGUUGCUUUAUUCAUUAUUGACGUGUUUCUUGCUACUUUAUGUUGUAUAUUUUUUACGUGAGAUUUCCAGUUCAAUUUAUCAUCAAUCAUUAUACCUAGAAAUUUGGUUUCAUUUACUCUUUCAAUUUCUAUUCCGUCUAUUUGUAUUUGUGUUUGACUUUCUCUUCUACUGAUUUGCAAAUCAUUGUAUAACUGUUUUUAUUCACGAAUUACACAACGUGCCAACUUCACUGGUUUUGGGUUUUGUAUAUCAACGCUGUAAGUAUACAGGUAUAUGUAAUGUUAUAAUAUGUACUUUAAUAAUAUAACAUGUUAUGUUUACGUAUUUAGCUCUUUUUAAGCUAAUAUUUGCAAUUAAUUUCACAGACGCAUCACAACUUUUGCUUUCCCCUUCAACAACAACACCACCACCAAUAAUCAUAGCAGACUUCAUGGGAGACAACAAAAGCGACUUUGUCUUUCUCGCCAUCUCCGGGUCCCAAGUUGGAUGUCAAAGUUGACCAACUUCUCGGUUUAUGUCCACAACCUUCUACUAUCCAGGUGAGAGGCAUGAUUUAUAAUCUAGAAUUGACUUUUACCAACUCAGAGGCGAUGCAGCAGCUCACUAUGUCAAUAUAGCAGCAUAAGCUAGUUAGCUCUCUGUAAUCAAUGCGCAGGUAAAAAAUAGUUUGUCUGCGUUAGCGCUUUUUUACGACUUAGAAUGCAUACCAAAAAAAACCCUUGUGUUCUUGUUUUACAAAGUAAUUUUGAAUGAUCUGCCAAAUUCCAGAAAAAAAGUGCACUUCCCAUUUAAACCUUUUUUUCUUCAAACACAGUUGUACUAGUGUGUUUGUUAUGUGAAAUAAACUAUUUAAUUACAUUUACCUAAGUACCUACAGAGUAGUUUUAUUG